AAAAUUAGCAGUCAGCAUUUUUAAUUAUUUGUCAGAACGUCAAAGGCAUAUGUGUAAAAAGAGCACAGUCAACUGAAUAUAAAAACAACAAUACCAAAGAUGGGCAAGGAUUUUUAUAAGACACUUGGUAUUAGUCGCAACGCCAGGGACGACGAAAUUAAGAAGGCCUACCGCAAACUGGCCCUCAAAUACCAUCCGGACAAGAACAAGAGCUCCAAGGCGGAGGAGCGUUUCAAGGAAGUGGCCGAGGCCUACGAGGUGCUGUCGGACAAAAAGAAACGCGACAUUUAUGAUCAGUACGGCGAAGAUGGCCUCAAGCAUGGCAUACCCGGCAACCACAACGAUCAGAGCGGGACGAGCUUUGCCUACCAGUUCCAUGGCGAUCCGCGCGCCACAUUUGCACAGUUUUUCGGCUCGAGUGAUCCGUUCAGCAUGUUCUUUGGUGAGAAUCUGGAGCAAAUCUUUAUGACAGACGAUAGCAGUCCGCGUGGCCUGUGGAGCGGCAUGGGCAAUUUUCAGUCACGCCCCGAACAGGAUCCCGCCAUUGAGCACGAGCUGUACGUGUCCUUGGAGGACAUCAACAAUGGCUGCAACAAGAAAAUGCAAAUCUCGCGCAUCAAAAUGGCCAACGGCCAGCCCCGCAAAGAGGUCAAAUUGCUCGAUAUCGAGAUCAAGCCCGGCUGGAAAUCGGGCACCAAGAUCACAUUCCCAAAGGAGGGCGACGAGGCGCCCAAUCGCAUACCGGCCGACAUUGUGUUCAUCAUACGCGACAAGCCGCAUCCCCUAUUCCAGCGCGAGGGCAGCGACAUUCACUAUACGGCACACAUAACGCUGAAGCAGGCGCUCUGCGGCGCGACCAUACAGGUGCCCCAGCUGCUGGGCAAUCCGUUUCCGUACUGUAGCAGCGGUGAGAUCAUAAAGCCGAAUACGCUGAAGCGUUUCAAUGAUCGCGGACUGCCCUAUCCGAAGAAUCCGUUGCGUCGCGGCGCGCUAUGUGUCAACUUUGAGAUCAGCUUUCCGGACACGUUGCCAGCGCGCCUGAUCGCGGCGCUGGGCGAGCUGCUGCCCAAUUGUUAACACACGCACACGCACACACACACACGUACACACG